AUGGCUAGACGAAGACCAGAACCAUCACAGUCACCCAUCCCCAUUGUGUCACUGUCAUCUUUACCUCUCAUGUGGUUGUCAAUUACGUUUAAAUGUAGGAAAAACAUGGAGGAAGUAGCUGUGGUUGUUGAGUUGAUUACAAGGCUUCAUGAAGAUUCAUUAGUUUUCCACAUUCAAUUCAUUUACGAUGGUUAUCUUCUUGACUGGAUUGGUGUCGAUGAUUUUAAUAAGCCCCCAAACAUGCUAGUUUACAAAAGAAGGAAACACAGGGGGCUUAAGGCUUUAAGAGUACUCAAUUUGGGAUUCAAUGAUAUUGCAGAUGCUGUUUUGCUCAUUCUCUUCAAUUUGCUUCUUGCUUCCAAUCUAUGUCAGAUAACAAUGGAUAUUGAUGGAUGUCGGUUAAUAGCCUCUUCUGGAGCGUAUAAAGCACUUGUAGAAUCUGUGCUAAGUAAGGUCAUGGAAGAGCUUGAGAAUCGCAUCACUAGUCAAGUUGAACUGGUAAAUGAGGUGAAAGGAGAGGAUGUUUGUUUGAUAAAGAAUUCUGUUACUCUAUCUGGUUCGUUAUUCACCUUGCAUGUAUCCCAAAUAUGUAUUGAGCUGCCAACUCUCACUGAUAAAGAUAAGGAGGUUAUUAGCACAUGGGGAGUGCGUAACAAGAUUUUUGCAAAGAUAGAAAAUUUUGAGGUCGGAUGCUCACAUUUUUCAAGUUGUAUGUAAUCAAAUUGUCUCUUAUGUCACAUUGGAGAGAUUACUUUAAUGUCACAUUGAAAUUUCAUCGAAUCGCAUAGCAAUAAAUAGAAGAAAUAGCAAUGUACUUUCAUCUAUUAUUUGUAUGACAUUAAAUAUUAUGC